CCCAGAUUCUCCUGCCUUUAAAUGAAAUUCUUUCUGAGGGGCUGUAUUCAAGCACUGUUACUUUCUCUAGGAUUUCACAAUUGCAAAGAGUUCAUUUGGCUCCUCUGCCUUUCAUGAGCCUGUUCUUGGCAGUGCUGUGUGGCAGGAAGAAAUACAUCUCCAAACUGGUUUCCUCUGAGAAGAUGUGGUAACCAUCUACCUGCUACUUCAGGAUUUCACUUCUUUACUCCAAGCUUUAUGAACUGGAACACAAAGACACAUUAUUUUACUGGGACAGUAGGUGACACAGAGAAGUAAUAUACAGAGGGAGACCAGUCUUUUGUGACCACAGUCAACCCAUGAAGAGUGAGGUCUCUCAGCCAUCUAAAAGUAUUUACUGCAUUUGCUUCAGAAUACUGUGGAGAAAAUGUAUGCUAGUCGAGAGGAUAUUGGAUAUGAUUUUGGAGAGGACUCAAAAGUUGGAAGUAAGCCAACUAAGCCCAAUCCAAACAUUGAUGGAGGAUGGGCUUGGAUGAUUGUACUUUCCUCUUUCCUUGUGCACAUACUCAUCAUGGGUUCCCAAAUGGCCCUUGGAAUACUCAACAUGGAAUGGCUUGAAGAGUUUAAUCAAAGUCGUGGCUUAACAGCAUGGGUUAGCUCCCUCAGCAUGGGCAUCACGCUUAUUGUAGGUCCUUUUAUUGGUUUAUUCAUCAGCAUGUGUGGGUGCCGCACGACAGCCAUAAUUGGAGGGGUACUGAAUGCCCUGGGUUGGAUACUGAGUGCCUAUGCCUCAAAUGUGCACUACCUCUUCCUCACCUUUGGACUCACAGCUGGCAUUGGAAGUGGCAUGGUUUAUCUGCCUGCAGUGGUCAUGGUAGGGCAGUAUUUUCAGAAGAGAAGAGCACUUGCACAAGGGCUCAGUACCACGGGAACAGGGUUUGGAACUUUCCUAAUGACUGCCUUACUGAAGUACCUCUGCACUGAAUUUGGGUGGAGGAAUGCCAUGUUCAUCCAGGGGGCCAUCUCCCUGAACCUUUGUGUCUGUGGAGCACUUAUGAGACCACUCUCUCCAAAAGACCUCUGUGAAAAACAUGUGGUGAGAAGUGAUAGUGAAGAAAACCGGGCAAAAGCUCUGUCCCAUUCUACAGAGACUAUAAAAUCCAAUGGAGUCCUUGGUGAAGAAACAGAGAAAACAGAAGAGGCAGCAAAUGAAGAAGUGCUUGGCAGUGUGCAGCACACAGAAGUUGGAGGUAAAUCUGGAAGUGGAAGGAGCAUGUAUGGACUGCGCCUCUUUAAGACAGUGAGCCAGCUGACAGUUACAGUCAGGAAGGGCUUUGCACUCUGGUACUCCAGCUACUUUGGAGCUGCAUCACUGUUUACCAACAGAGUAUUCGUGGCCUUUAUCAUUUGGGCUUUGUUUGCCUAUAGCAGCUUUGUCAUUCCCUUUAUUCACCUUCCAGAAAUAGUCAAGCAGUACAACUUAUCUAGGCAGGACAAUGUAUUUCCUUUGACAUCCAUUAUAGCCAUUGUCCAUAUUUUUGGUAAAGUGAUCCUUGGAAUCAUCUCUGAUCUCCCGUGCAUCAGCACAUGGAAUGUCUUCCUCAUGGCUAACUUUACCCUGGUCACCUGCAUUCUUACUUUGCCACUAAUGCAGACAUACGUUGGCUUGGCUGUGGUUUGUGCUCUAAUAGGAUUUUCUAGUGGCUAUUUUUCUCUAAUGCCUGUUGUGACUGAAGAUUUAGUUGGAACUAAACACCUUGCAAAUGCCUAUGGCAUCAUCAUUUGUGCCAAUGGAAUAUCUGCUUUGUUUGGACCACCCUUUGCAGGUUGGAUCUAUGACAUCACACAAAAAUAUGAUUUUUCUUUUUACAUAGCUGGAUUGCUAUACAUGGUGGGAAUAAUAUUUUUACUUAUACAACCUUGUAUUCAAAAGAAACAGCCAAGAGAAAAAUCUACAGAAGAAGCACAAAUAUAG